AUGGAUGACCACCAUGUCCUGAAAAUACCUCCCUUACCCCCUUCUCUACCAGAUCCCCUGGAUCCCAUGGAAACACAAAGUAACACAGACUUAUCGAAAGAAACAAUCAAAGACUCAUUUAAAGUUGUCCUUCUGAAUAAGGAGACCAGCCUGAAUAGGCCAUUUGUGGCAUCUGAUAAAGGGAAAGCACCAAUGAUACCUCAAGACCCUGAGGGUGUGGUGAAUCUAAGCAAGAAAGACAAAGAACGGAUUUACGCCCCAUGGAAGUUCUCAGUGAUUGUAAAAGCUUUCAAUAAGAAAUUGGCCCACAACUAUUUAAAAAUUAAAUUGACGAAACUGUGGAAGCUAACCGAGCCGCUCACAUUGAUCGAUCUCGGAUAUGACUACUAUGUGGACAAAUUCAACAACCCUGAGGGAAAAUUCCUAUCUGUGCGAAAAUGGGAACCUAACUUUGUCCCUGAGGAAGCUACACAGACACACUCUGCAAUUUGGACUAGGCUACCGCAACUACCAACUGAACUCUAUGACAGAAACAUCCUUGAGAGAAUUGGUAAUCACUUUGGGACACAACUAUGGAUAGACGUGUGUACUUCAGCAACAUUAAGGGGCAGAUAUGCAAGGAUUUACAUCCAAGCGCCACUUCAUGAACCCGUCAAAAAAUUUGUCAUGGUGGGAACCCAUAAACAGAGCAUGGUAUAUGAGGGUGAAGGAAUUUUAUAUACAGGAUGUGGAAGGUUAGGCCACACAUCCACAAAUUGCCCAAAUGUUAUAUCUCAACCCUCCAAACCCUUUAUGACCCAAACACCUGCCUGGCCUCCACCAGCAAGGGAACAACUGAAAAAGAGGGAUGGCAAACAGUACAAUUUCCUAAAAGGAAACAAAUGA